AUGGGCGGGCUAAACUUAGAAGUCUUCAAGUUCGGCAUGUAUGUCAUGUUUCCGAUUGGCAUCAUGUAUUACUUCGGCACAAACCUCGACGAGCGAUUUGCCGUGCCCGAGUUCUGGCCCAAACCAGAGCAAGCCAACAAAGUGCCUCUCGACAGAGACGAAAUCCACGCCGAGCUACAACGAUUGCGCGCGCGGCGGUUGUAUAUUCGAGAUAGGAGGCUCGAGAAUGAGGCGAGAAACCCGCCAUCACCGGGUGACAGCCAGGGGAGCGAUGAAUCAUAA